AUGCUCCGCCUGCUACUUGCUCUCGCGCUCGUCGCGCUCUUUCUGCCGCUGCUGGCCGCCCACCGCCGCACCCUUCUAGUACAUCUUCACCCUCCAGUCGAUCCGCUUGCAUUCCCGCAAUCGCCGUCUCUCUCGCGCGCCCAGCGGCGUCUUGAGGUGCACGAAACCGCGUCCCAGUUCGUUCGAGACGCGCAACUUUAUGUUUCGAGCUUUAUUCGCGCCCAGAGCGCGCAAAAGACGCAGGUUUUGCCUCUGUGGAUACAGAACACGCUGGUGGUUCACUAUAAUGAGGACGAUCGAGCGCUAGGUCGGCUCUUGACGCGAGAUCUCUGGACGUUCCCGGGGGUCGUGGAAGUGGAGGAAGACGCGCGUGUGUUGACGCUAUUGAGGACGCAACAAGAGGAAGAAAUUGAGACGAAGGAGGAGGAGGUGCAGAGCAAUGUCAAGUUGCUGCAUGCCCCCGAGCUGUGGGCUCGAGGGGGGAGAGGCGACGGCGUUGUGGUGGCAAGUAUUGACUCGGGUGUGCGCUACACGCACGAAGCACUGCGAGAGACGUUUCGAGGGACGAAAGCCGAUGGGAAAGUUGAGCUGGACUAUGCUUUCUGGUUUACGCCAGGUACGGACGUGGCUAAGGAGACGCCUGAUACGGCGGAUGAGGUAGGUCAUGGAACGCAUACUAUGGGGUCGGCGGUUGGAGGAAAAGGAGUCGGAGUUGCUCCUGGAGCCACGUGGAUCACUGCACGAGCGUUUGAUGUCUGGGGCGCAGCGAACAAGAGCGACUUUUUGCUGGCUGCGCAAUGGGUGGUGUGUCCGACUCGAAUGGAUGGAACGGGAACGGACUGUUCGCUUGGAGCUGAUGUUGUGACGAACUCGUUUGGCGUUGAUCGAUCCACGCCUGUGUAUCCACAGUGGACGUGGCUGAGUAAAGUGAUUGAUGCUUGGCGAGCGGCUGGCGUCUACCCGGUCUUUGCCAGUGGAAACACCAAUGGCUUUUUGUGCGGGAGUGUGUAUUAUCCUGGCAGUCAUGAAGACACGAUUGCGGUUGGAGCGUUGAUUGGAGGAAGCUCACUCUGGGGUGCCAGUGGAAAAGGCCCAAGCUUGGACGGUACGAAACGAGGUUAUGAACGAUGUGUUAUCCCGCACGAGCAGCAACUACGUCAUCAAGCCCGACUUCGUCGCUCCUGGUGUAGGCAUUCGGUCGUCCAUGAGUAUUGGGGAUAG